AUGGACAAGUUCCUCCACGAGAUCGUUAUCGCGUCCCCAGGAGUCCUCUCCCCCUCGCGUCGGUCCGUCGUUUCUCUUUCCUCGUCGAGUGGCGGAAGCGCAUGUCCCUCUCCCUCGCCCUUUUCGUCGGGGACUUCCCCUUUCCCUUUCUCACGUCUGGCAUCCGCAUCGGCCAGCUCUCCUGCGGUCUGCCCGACUGGAGAGGCCGCCCUCGGCGCUGCCUCUGCGGCUACCUCCCCCGUCCCCGCUGAUCCUCUCGCGCUUUCCGCUCCCAGGCAAGGCGCACUACCGGGUCCAGAUGGUGCGCCUGCGGGUCCGUCCACUGCCGAGGCGUCUGGCCUGGCAGGCGAAGGCAGAGAGGCGGAAGGGAGUGGAGCGGCGGGCACUCCCCCGCCUCUCAUGUCGAGUACAGAAGCCACGCUCGCGGGAUUACGGAGGCCGCCUGUAAAGAAGAAGACACCAGCCCCCGAACAACUCCUCAAUAAAGGUUUUCUGCGUCACGGUUGGAUGCGCAAACAGCUGGCGGAGCGUCCAGCUGCGUAUGCUCUCUGUUUCGACUGGCGCGAGGCCUUUGCUGACCCGGCGGCGGCUCCGGCUCUGGUCUCGCCGGCGUCCCACGCAGGCGCGAGGCGAGACCCGCGGCAGCCUGAGGCGCCUUCCGCCCCCGCGACUCCACUCACUGCCGCUCCCUCGGCCUCUGCGGCCUGUCAUCAGGCGUCGCCUCUCUCUGCCUCUCUGCAACCCUGUUGUCGCUGCUGUCUGUACAACAGAGAGCUUCGCUCGAGGCAGGAAGAGCGGCCGUCUGCGGCGACGGCGGGAGGGUCUUUUCUGGGCACGAAGAAUUCCCCGACUUUAGAGGGAAGCGAUGCGGACGGAAACGGCGGAAACGGCGCGCUGUCAGAGCCGCAUGCGGGUCCGGGUGGCGGCUCAGAAGACCAAAACGCGAGUGGAGACAGGUGUCCGCCCGGAUCGCCACACUGCUGCCGAAAUGAAAACGCCGAUGGGAGGCUCUGCUGUGCACAGGCAGCCUUGCAGAGCUGUCCCGCGAGCGACGAGACGAAGGGGAAACGAAACGCAGAGGGGGAAAGCGAGCAUGCACCAGCCGCGAUUCCUAGGUCUCCUCAAGUCAAUGCGGCAACAGACGCAACAGAGACACUGGUCGCAGGCCUGGAUGCCCGAGAAGUCGCCAUCGCGAGAGCGGAGAGAGCCGCGCUGGCCCUCAUUGAGCGAAUUCGAGACCGGGUCCACAGAAAGAAAGUCGCUCCCAAGAUGAUUCUGUUCGUCAUUCUGCCGGCCGGUCUGCCGGACCCGCAGGGUGCAGUGGGCUGCCUGCGUCGCUUGAAUCCAUCGGAAAUCGCCGCCCUCUUCGUCACCUGCGGCAUCGACGACAUUCAGACCAAGAUGGAGCGCCUCGAACAGGUGGCUUACGACUGCGCUGUGGAGCACUACGAGAACGAGGCGCGGCGGUACAGGAAGCAAAUUCACCACGCACCAAAAUGUGCAGACCGCAGUCAAUCGAACGCGUGUCAUGUCUACCAUGUCCGUAGCCUGGUGAAGGCGGGGUACAUGCUCGAGUUUGCUGGCCAGCCGCACGGGGCGAUGAAGUCGUUCAUAGCGGCCUGGCAGUUGCUCACGACCGACAAGCAGAUGGCGACUGCGGUGGAACGAGUGGCGCUGUGCAACGUGCUCUCCGUCCGCAUGUACCACAUGUACUUUCAAGCGAACGAGCCGGCGAAGGCGGCGCACCACGCACGCGAGCACCGAGCCGUGUUGCGCGAGAAUCCGGAAGACGAAGAACUCUUCGGGUACCUGCUGCCGCAGUGGCUGGCCGAGCUGCACGAGUUGCUUGCCCAUCUCCAGCAAGAGGCCUUGCUGACGCAGCACCGCCUCCACCAGGCGCAAGCACCCGCGGGGCCCGACGCGCCUGCGUCCCCGUCUCUGGCGUCCGGACCACCCGCUGGGAGGCGCCACGCCGGCGACGAAGGAGGCGAGCCCAAACGUCAGGGGUUCGCCUCGGCCCUCGGCUUUGGGCGCAACGGACGGGAAGGCGAAGGCCUAGGCUUCUUUGGCGCGAACGGGCUCCACUUCAACAAAUGGGGUCUCGGCCGAGACGCGGGCCGGACUGCCCCGCCGUCGGGGAGCGGGGCGCGCGGGGCGGGUCGAGAAGCGGGGGCGUCUCACGGCGAGACGAGCCUCGCGUUGUUCUCUGCAGGCGCUGACGAGCUCGGCGCUCCAACUCCCAGCACAAGCAGCCACGCCUUCCUCGGCUUCGGAGACGCACACACGUCCCUGUCCCAGAUGGUGUACGGCGGGACGCGCCCGCCGUACCAGGCAGGGGACUCUGGGUUCGGCAGCGCGCAGGCCGAGCAGCCUGGGACGCACCUCGCCCCAGACUUGCUGUCUCUCACAACCGAGGCCUGGGAGAAUCCCGGCUUCCACUUCCAGGCUGCAGCGCGCUACCUGCAGGAGCUGCGCGUGUGGGUACGGCGCGCCAAGGUCCAACUGCGCCCGCCGUCCAUGAAGGGUGGCCUCGCGGUGCCUUCCGAGUGGAUUGGACAACUCGACACACUCCAACACGGCGUCGAGGCCUUCAGUCUGAUUCCUCAUACGACCCCAGGAGCUGCGGCGGCGCUGAUGCGGCAGGAGAUCCUUCUUCGGUGGAUUUUCUCUGUCAACGAACAGCAGGUGUCGAUGCACGCGACCCGCCUUCUGUCCAAGGCGCAUGCCAUCUACAAGUGCAUCGGUGGAACGAGGGGAUGCCCCGUCAUUGCAUGUCAAUUGGCGGACGCUCUCUUCGACAGCCAGCGAAUGCUGACGGCGCGUCAGCUGUACGCGACUCUGGCUCAAGCGCUGUCUGUGAACCUGUUCAAUCGGGCGUCUCUCCUCUCCUCGUCCUUCUGCGCCGGUGCUCGUUUCCCCGUGGGAGGUUGCGACGCCGCUGGAGCUAGAGACGGGAGAGGCGAGGCCGGCGCGCAGCUCAGCAGAUCGGCAGACGCUGGAGAGGCCGGGAGACCGUCGGGGCGAGGCGGCGAGAACGACGCAGGACACAGAGGACGAGAAAGGGGAUAUGGCGAGAUCUCUUCGAGAAACAGCGACAGGAGAGCCAGAGAGAGACGCAGAAGCAGAGAAGAAACAGACCCACAGAGCGACAUAGCGAGCGACUCAGAAGACGAAGAUACGCAACAGAUGAUGUGGGCAUCCUGGUGGUGGCCUCUCUUGGAGUACGUCUUGGCGCGCUUGUUGCUUUCGAUUUGUUCGCUUCUUUCGCUGGCUCCGCCGCCCUUCUUGUAUGACCUCGCUCACGUCAAUCCGCUCUUCCACUGCAUCGAAGCUCGUCACGCGCCGUCCUCUCUUUCGCAGUCUGUAGGUGAGGAGGCCGCAAGCAAAAGUGCGUCGCCUCAGGACGACCUUUCGAGCAACGGGAACUCUGUGUUCUCUUCCUUGUCUUCUCUCGAUUCAAGUUCCGGCGGGCCGGAUUCGUCGCUUCCUGCUUCCUCGCCCGGCGCGGCUCACUUCUCUAGUGGCGAGCCGGGGCCUUUCCUGGACGCUUCUGGAGCCUCCGCUUUCCCUGGCAACGACGCGCAGGCCGUGCACGGAGACCCCAGAGCGGGUCACCUGCACGCAAGUGAUGGCAGCGCCAAGUGUGCACCUGCAACGUGCAACCGUGCAGCGGAUGCUGCCGAAGCAGAGAGCCGAGCUGGAAGAGAGGGCGGCGAGACGAGGGCAUCCGGCCCGUCGCGUGUGCACGCUGAGGGCGAUGAAAGACACUCAGGCGGCGUGGCACGUGCCGGGGUGUCGGCGAGUCUUCCGCUGCAAGCGCUGGCGCCUCUGCCGUCGUUUCUCGACUUUGAAAACUACCGCAUCGGUGUCCUCUGCGUCUUUGAGUUGAUGAAUCUGUUCGCUCUGAGAGCGGGGCGGGAGGACCCCGAAGGCGAGAAGCGGAGACAGCUGCGUGCCUUCCUGCUGCUCGCGCUUCUUCCGAAACUCCAGCAUCUGGUGGAAAGCGAGGAAGGCCAGAGCUCGCCGGGAAAACUGGAGACCGGGCACAGCGGCCACUCAGGCUUCGCGUCUUGCGCGCCAAACCCGCUGCGUGAGGACAGACGUUUGGACAGGAGCGAAGAGGCAAAGGCGCGAGGAGACGCGAGAAGAGAGCGAGGCAACGUCACCGUUUCGCUUCCAGGAGUCGUUGCGUGGCUCGCCUUCCCGAAUCCCGACGAACUCCACCGAGAAGCUGUGGCGCUGUGGAGACGCGAAGAUGCGAGGAAACCGACUCAGAAGGCUUCCAGGGCCAGGGGAGAGGCAGAAGUGGCGGCGCCUGGCGACGCAGGCGGCCGGAAGAAAAGAAGAUCCGUCGUCCAGGGAGUCCUCUGUCUGAUUCAGAGGUUCGGCCUCGACUUGGAAGUCGCCAGUCGAGGAGUCCUCGUCACCUCCCGAGGCCCGCUGCCGUGUCGCCUUCUCCCGCUUGCGUCUGCGGAAGAGGACGAGAGCGCGAGACAACUCCCCGCCGACCACGAACCAGGCGACGACCUCGAAAAGGACGAACGGGGUGAACGCCGAGCUCGCGAGAAUCUCCGGGACAGAUCGGCCAAGGCCACACCGCGCGCUUUGGUUUCUUCGGCCUCGUCCGUUGCGUCGGCGGAUCUGUGCGGCCGUCGCCCGUAUUCGGGAGCGGCGGCAGGCCGACCGGGGGUGGUCAUUCCAUCGGAAAGUCUCUGUUGUUUUCGCCUGAUGGUGUAUCCGUUUGAUGGGGCGCGAAGGCCUCUCUCACCCUUUUUCCCCUCGCCUGCUUCCCUCUCGGCGCCGCUGCGCGUUCUUGGCCUCGCCUUCAAGUGGCAACUCUGUCGCUUCGUCACCUUUACGCUCUCCACCUUGCUCCCUCUGGACACAGCCAGUCCGCCUCCUCAACUGGAGCCGGGGCAAAUGAAGCAAGUGAGGCGUCUGCGUGGCGAGUUGCGUGACGGGCGAGGUCGGGAAGAGUCUAUGAGCUCGCGCUUUCCGUUUUCGGCGAGGGCCGCCGCAGGCGUCAUCCGAGACAGAGGAGAGGGUGCGGGGAACGGGGGACAAGACGAGGAGUAUGGAGACAUUUCACUCGACGCUUCCGCCGCGAAACGAAUCGAACCGUCGACUGCAUCCAAUGCGUCUCCCGAGUCUUGUUCCUCGUUCGCCCCUCUUCUCGACGUCCUCGCAGAGGUCCCACGCGGGAGCUGGCCGCAGCCUGUGCGCCACGCCCUUCUCCAGAAGCGCCUGAGCGUUCCGCCGCCGCCCAUGCCGCCCUCUCAUACCGGGGAAGACGUAAAAACCUCGCCGCUCCUGUUUCUCCCCGGCACAAAACCGCCGGAGGACGUCCGUCCAGAUCGUUUCUUCCGCGUGGGUUUGUCCACCCCGGCGUUCGCGUGGAAAGACGAAAUCGUUCCCCUGGUUCUUCGGAUUGUGAAGAACUCAGGGAGUCUUCCUUCGCACCUUUCGCGGUGCCGGCUUCUUCUCUUCGCUUCUCACGAGGCAGCGGCGUCGGAACUGGUGUCUUCUCGCGGGGCGCCGGGGCGCAGUGUGAUCUCGGGGGCUCCUGAGGCCGAAGGAGUGGGGACUGCGGGUGCGAGGCCCGCAGCUUCGGCGUUCCUGGAGGAGACGGGCGCAAAGCAUGCACCAGGUUUGGACACUGAGUCAGCGGACGAUGGAUCGAAGCGCGAAACUGAUAGAGACACCGGUGAGGCGAGAGCGAGACCUGCAGCUGCCGUGCGUGCACGCGGCGAGCCGGAAGGACAGGAGAAGGACGGGGAAGAGAGGCCCUUGCGAAGAGAUGGCGGGCAAGCGUUUUUCUCUGCGGAGCCAAGUCGGCUCCAAAGCAGAGAGAACCGCCUGCACAGUUGGGGCUGGCCAGCGCGUGCAGAGCCUCCGCAUGGCUCCUUUGAAAGCCUCGGCGGCCUCGUGGGACGCGUCGAGUCCCUGGUUGCUUUUGCCGCCUUCCUGGAAGAGCGGGGAGAGGAGCGCGGGCUCCGUGGCGAAGCCGUCGGAGGAGGUUCGCGGUUCAGGGCGCUGUUCCCCGUCUCUGUGUCUGCGAAUCGCCCUGUCCUGUCCCUCGAUUUCGACGGUCUCGGCGAGCCCGAUGCAGUGCAGGAAACGCAGGCGAAGGGACUGGAAGCGGGCGAAGCUACGCGGGAAGGGGGCGUCAGUCGGUUUCGUGUGCAUCAGGAGCCACCGCGGGGAGGCAACCCGGGGACGGAUUCGGCCGGUUCAUCCGAGUCGGCACGUGGCUGGCGAGGGUCCAAGACCGCUGGGGCGCCAUCCGAACGUCCAAGUGGCUGUCCAAACUGCCUGGCUCACAUGGCAGCUCACUACAGAGCUUUAGGCUACAACUGUGAAGGCCCUGGAGACCGCGCGCGUGGCGAGGAAGGAGAGACGCUCAUCCUUUCCCGUCCCCCGAGAAGGCUGCUUGCUGGAUCGGGUGGAGACGGCGAAGUCCGCGAUGAGGCCUGGGGACUGUGUGGAGCCCAUUCGGCAGACUCGGCUUCUUCCUUCUUGUUCGAGAACGACAUGCGUGAACUGGCUCGAGAUCCCAGUGACGCGUCGCGCUCUUCUGUUCGACUCUUCACGUUUCGACCCAGCCGCCCCAAGGCGCGGUUUCCAGGGCAGCCCUCUCGAGGAGGGUCCAUCCCCUCUCUUGCGGAAGGGCAAGAAGGACCAUGCUUGCAACCUGCACUCGGCGAGUCCAGCGGCGGCCGCAGCGGGUGUUCCACGCGGGAAAUGCCGGCGCAGAUCCCAGCGAAGACCUCGACGGACGCAGAAGGCGCCGCGGGGGACGCUGCGGGGUUCUCUCCUCUCGACUGCUCUCCCUCGGACCCACACGCCGCCUCCGCUGUGGGGCGGUGGGCAGAGGCAAGCCCAAAUGCGGAGGGGUCGUCCGACGCUCUGAACAGGAGAGAGGAAGAGGGAGGAGAGAGAGCGACGGGUUGCGGACCGGACUCACUUGGCGAGGAAAUCGCUGUACCCCUUUUGUUUAGAGCAAAAGCCCCGGGAGCUGUGCAGAUUCGCGUCGUCUUGGAGUUUCCGUCCCGUCCUCGGUGCCGGAGAGGCCCGCGCGCCGGUGGGGAGGGCGAGGCGUGGCAAGAUGCGGCCGACGAGGAAGCCUUCCUCGACCUCGACCCCCAGGAAGACUUCGUGACGGCUGCAGGCAGCAUUCUGGUGCAGAACCCCGUGGCAGUGCAACUGCAAGCCGCUCCGUUCGCCGCUGCAAACCGGCCGGGAGAUGGAGAGGAGCAGACAGACUCUCCGCGUGGGUUGCCCUUCCCGCCCGAGAACGCAGCGGGGAUCGCCUGCGGCGGCGUUGCGCCGCUGGCCUAUCUGCAUCUCGCGAAUCCCUCGAGCAUCUCUCUGAGGCUCGACGACGUGCGCCUCACACCCUUGGCCACCUGCAGGCCGGAAGGCGGGGAAAAGGGUGCGGGAAGCGACGUGGGCAGAAACGCACACGCGCAAACGGCGGAAAACCGCCGUGGGUUCUCUGCAGACGACGGACGGCAGGGAGGCGGAACAGAACCGGAGCGAGUCAGGAAACCUUCGCAUCAAGAGGGUACCGCGAGCGAAAACGCGUGCACGUGGCGCAUCUGUUCCGAGUGCGGAACCUUUCUUCCCAGCAGCGUUUCGCUGACAAAGAGAGCCGGUGGGGAAGGCAGCGCGACGGAAGAAAGAAACCCUGUGGAGGCGGCUCUUUCGCCACCGCUUAUCGGGUGUCGGGCGACGGUGGAGAGUCUGGAGGCGUGGAGUGCGAUAGUUGACCUGGAGGGCCUUCUCCGUAGUCUGGUGUCUACGGAGACAGCUAGCCGGGAAGAGCAGCAGUCGGAAGGCAGGAGACACCUGGCCGCCGCGUCCGAGUAUGCGUUCCCCUUCUCCCUCCUGUCACUGCUUCCUGCAUGCGUUGACCUAUCGCCCGUGACAAUCCGCGUAACACACGCGCCCACUCCGACAGUUGGUGUCCCCUUCACGCUCCGGGCGACCAUCACAAAUAACACGGCAGAUCCUCAAGAAGCAACCGUGCAGCUGGUUUACCCUCCGGCGGCGGCGUCAGUCGAAGCGCGGCUUCAGGCGGAAAGUGACCUUGCCGGGGACGGACCCCCCGAGUCGGCGCGAGGGUGGAGUCGACGGUCUGACUGUCCGUACUUGAUCACCGGCAUUAUGUCUACAGACCUUCUUCUGUCUCCUGCGAGUGACCGAGUCAUGCAGUGGACGCUGGUGGCAUGCCGAGCCGGAGCGUUUUCGGUGCCGACCGUGGUCGUGCAAUGUCAUCGAUGCCUGUCGGGCACAUCUGCAACUCCGGCGACAGUCUUUGAGGAAGUCGAAGACACAGCAGAACCUGAUGUGGCACAGCAACUGAGCCAAGCUCUCAGAGAAGCCAUUGAAGGAGACAGUCCGCAGGCGCCCGACUCGUCACGCGGCGGGUCGGUUUUCAUGUCCCAUCUGACCCAUGUUGUUGUCUUUCCCAAUCCUCAGCGUGUUGGAUAG